GAGGUUCAGAUGAAGUUCAUGGACGGUCGGAUCAAACUGAUGAAUGAAAUCCUGAGCGGUGUGAAGAUCCUGAAGUUUUAUGCCUGGGAAGAAGCUUUCCUUCGACGUGUUUGCAUUCUGAGAGACGGAGAACUCAACGCCCUGAAGAAAUCUCAGAUCCUCUACUCUGUCUCUCUGGCUUCCUUUAACUCCACCUCCUUCCUGGUUGCCUUUUCAGUGUUUGGAGUUUAUGUGCUGAUCGAUGAGCGAAACGUUCUGGAGGCUCAGAAGAUUUUUGUUUCUGUUGCUCUCAUCAACAUCCUGAAAACUCCUCUGAGUCAGCUCCCCUUCGCCAUGAGCACCACCAUGCAG